UGCUUGCUUUGACUUAUGUUUCGUAACAAAUAGAAUACAGAUGGGGACGCGUAAAAAGGGCUUGGAGUUUGCCAAGCAUAUAAAAGAAAUAAUAACUAAGGCUACGGGUUUUGAGCGACAUUUGGAAAAGGUGGCAAUAACAGGCGGGGGCGAUGGCGUUUGCACAGCAGAAUUUACAGUGUCGAAGGAACUACUGAAUAAAGGCGGCACCUUGCAUGGCGGCUAUACGGCUACCUUAGUGGACAUGGUGACAACUUAUGCACUCAUGUCCAAGCCAUGUCAUCCUGGCGUAUCCUCCAGCAUUAAUGUAAGCUACUUGGCAGCGGCCAGGGAGGGGGAUGUUAUUGAAAUUGCAGCAAAGCUGCAGCAUGGCGGACGCAAAAUGGCGUACAUAGAUUGUGUGCUGAAGCAUAAAGCAAGUGGCAAGAUGAUAGCCAAAGGUGGACAAACCAAGUAUGUGGACUUUGUAUGAAGCGCGUGAACAAAAUUUC